AUGGAUUGCGAUCCAUACCAGCCCACCGUGAACGUUUCUCUGUGGAUUCGUACUGAGGAAGCUCGCAUUUCCAUGAUGGCAGGCUAUCUCCCCGAACCAUUAAGGAUGAUGGUGACCAAUCCGGCCAUCAGUGACUUCACCUCGGAUGGCCCUCUCCCAUAUGCAUUGCGCCAGAAAUUCACUGGUUGGCCACCACCACCAGCGGCCGCUGAUAUCUCUCUGGCUUCGCAAACGGUGCUAGUAACAGGAGCAACAUCCGGUGUCGGUCUAGAGGCCGCACGCCAGCUUGCUCAGCUGGGUCCACGACUUCUGAUCCUAGGGGCGAGAAAUCUAAGCAAAGCAGACGAGGUCAAACGUCAGCUUGAGCAGGAUACGCCUCAUAUUGCCGUACAGGUAGCCAAGCUGGACCUGGAAGACCUCUCAUCUGUCGACCGUUUUGUGGACGGGCUCCACGCGAGCGCUAUACAUCUCGAUCUGGCCCUGCUCAAUGCAGGAUUCUUUGCUAACGACGAUCGGAUGACCCCCGAUGGUUACAGUUCCCUGUUCCAGGUGAACUUCCUUAGCACCGCCUACCUCGCAUUCAGGCUCCUUCCUCUGCUUCAGACCACCACCACAGCCCCAGGAGCCUCUCCACAAGGCCCACGCCUUGUCUUAGUGACCUCCGAGGCUCAUGCUUGGACAACAUUUCCUGUUCUUCCCGAGCCCACGGAGAAUAGUCUGCCAAUUCUCUCAUCGUUCCGACAGAAGGAGAGUCUUGGCAGUGCCGAUGACCAAUACUACCGUGCCAAGCUGUUUCUAGCAUUGAUUGGCAAAGAGCUAUCCCGGAGGCUGACCACCAUGCAGAUGGCCACUAGUGUGGUCAUCACCACGCCGGGGUUCUGCGCUUCGAACUUCUUUCCCGAUAGUGUGAUGACGCGGCUCAUCCAGCUAAUCUCCGCUCGUUCCAUCCAGCAAGGAGGGGCUCUGCAUGUCUUCGCAGCGACAGCCCAAGGCCCUCAGAUGCAUGGGGCCUACUUGCGGGACGGGAAACCGACUCGAUUGUCGAAAUUUGCGGAAGGUCCGCAAGGUCAGAUACUACAGCAACGACUGUGGGCGGAGAUGGAGAAGUUUCUUGCCGGCCGCGGUCAUUUGCUGUCAUCCAUCCUGAAGCCUUCUUCCCCACACCAGAGCGAUGGAUCUGUCUAG